ACUAUGUACGAUAUUUGUAUGAUCCAUAUUCUAUGCCUUGGUGGCCAGGCGAGUACAUACAUCAGGUUGGAUGCUCGGUAAUCGUGUGCGUGAAUCUUUUUGGUGCAGAUGCACUUUUGUAUGCAUUUUGUUUGUAUUUACGAAUGCAUUUUGAAAUAUUAUCCAUUGAUUUCGAAAGAUUAUCCGAUAGCAAGGAGGACCUAAUAGAAUUAGUAUUGAGACACCAGGAACUAAUCGAAUUAGUCAACGAAGUACAAAAUAUAUAUUCAACAUCUAUGCUAUUUAAUAUAAUAAUUAGUUCGUUUACAAUAUGUUUCUGUGGAUUUAACAUAACGUUUAUCAAAGAUGUGGGUACUUCAUUCGCGUUCAUGAAUUUUCUAUUAAUGAGUUUGUAUCAAAUUUUUAUGUUAUGUUUCUUUGGUGACAUGAUAAGCGUUUCGAGCACAAAAAUUGCUGAUGCGAUUUAUAUAAACAAGUGGUACGAGGCCAAACCAGCAUUUCAAAGGAGUUUAUUUAUUAUAAUUAUGCGGUCUCGAAAGCCUUGCGUUCUCUCGGCGGCAAAAUUUGCGACCCUCAAUCUUAUAACGUUUACUAAGAUUCUGAGUCGUUCCUGGUCUUAUUUUGCUUUAUUAAGAACAAUGUACCGUUAA